AUGGACUGUUCUUUUUCAGGUCUGUUUCCUGCUGUGCUGAACCUGGCCUCCAUGGCAGAGAUCACGGCCAAUGCCACUUGCGGAGAGACGGGGCCUGAGAUGUACUGUAAACUGGUGGAGCAUGUUCCCGGGCAGCCUGUCCGAAACCCACAGUGUAGGAUCUGCAACCUCAGGAGUGACAGAGCAUAUGAACAGCACCCCAUUGAGUAUGCUAUAGAUGGAACAAAUAGAUGGUGGCAAAGCCCAAGUAUAAAAAACGGAAUGGACUACCAUUACGUGACCGUCACUCUGGACCUCCAACAGGUGUUCCAGAUUGCGUACAUGAUCCUGAAAGCAGCCAACUCUCCUCGACCGGGGAACUGGAUUCUGGAACGUUCUGUAGAUGGAGUGAACUUCAGUCCGUGGCAGUAUUAUGCCAUCACGGAUACGGAGUGUUUAACUCGAUUCAACAUCGUCCCCCGCACUGGACCUCCAUCUUACACACGUGAUGACGAGGUCAUAUGCACCUCCUUCUACUCCAAAAUCCACCCUCUGGAAAAUGGGGAGAUCCACACUUCUCUGAUCAACGGAAGGCCCAGUGCCGACGACCCCUCGCCGACCUUACUGAACUUCACCUCUGCCCGCUACAUCCGCCUCCAGUUCCAGAGAAUACGGACCUUAAACGCUGACCUCAUGACCCUUGCCCUCAACGACCCACGAGAAAUCGACCCCAUUGUCACCAGGCGGUAUUAUUACUCCAUUAAAGACAUUUCUGUUGGCGGUAUGUGUAUUUGUUAUGGACAUGCCAAAGCCUGCCCACUGAAUGAAGAAACCAAGAAAUUCAGCUGUGAGUGUGAACACAACACGUGUGGGGAGAGCUGUGACCACUGUUGCCCCGGAUACAACCAGAAACCCUGGAUGGCCGGAACGUUCCUGACGCGCCACGUCUGCGAGAAGUGUAACUGCCAUGGGAAAUCAGAAGAAUGCUAUUUCAACCAGACGGUGGCUGAUGGGAAAUUGAGUUUGAAUAUUCAUGGGGAGUAUGAAGGGGGCGGAGUCUGUCUCCAUUGUUCUGAGAACACAGCAGGGAUCAACUGUCAAACUUGCGCUGAUGGUUACUAUAGACCUGAUGGGGUGCGUCCGGAGGAAGCCCAUCCCUGCCGGCCCUGUUCCUGUAAUCCGAUUGGCUCUCUUCACCACGUCUGCAUCCCUGACCAGUCACGUGCCGUCGGAGAGUUGGCGGCGGGCUCCUGCCACUGUAGACCGGGUUACGGAGGGGAGAAGUGCGAGAGGUGUGCUUUCGGCUACACUGGUUACCCAGAGUGUGAACGGUGUAACUGCAGCACUGCAGGGAGUCUGAAUGAAGACCCCUGCUCCCUGCCCUGUGUGUGUAAGGAAAACGUGGAGGGGGAAAACUGCGAUCGCUGUCAAGUGGGAUUCUUUAAUCUCCAGGGAGACAAUCUCUAUGGUUGUGAGGCGUGUUACUGUUCUGGCGUGACCAGUCACUGUGUCUCCUCCCCAUGGGCUUACAGUAAUCUUACAGACAUGUCUGGCUGGUCUCUGACCGGACCUCAGGGAGAGGGGCUUGUUUGGCCCAUUCCCAGCAGAGACACGCCCCCUAAAUGGUCCAUCAGCCAUAGAGAAGCUAAGACACAGCUAGCCUCACCCUUCUAUUGGAGUGCCCCUGCAACUUACCUGGGCAACAAGCUGGGUGCCAUAGGAGGGAGUCUGGUGUUUACCGUGUCCUAUGACACAGAGAGGGGAGACAAACCGGUUCAGCUCAGCUCCGGUCCUGAUGUCAUCAUAGAGGGCGGUGGGUUACGAUUGAUUGACAGUCGUUUGGAGCGAGCGGUGUACCCUUUCUUAGUGACUACAAAAAGGAUUGUACUACAGCCUGAACACUUUGAACACAGCAGCUCGGGCCUGCCAGUCAACAAGAGAGACUUCAGCAAGGCCCUGAGCAAACUACAACGGCUGCUCCUCAGAGCUCAGUACAGCAAUGAAGACACCGCCAUCUACAGGCUGUUGUCUGUGAGUUUGGAGGUGGUGAAUGAGGGUGACAGUGGUGAGGUGCAGGCCACAGGAGUGGAGGUGUGUGAGUGUCCUCCUGGAUACAGCGGCACAUCCUGUGAGACUUGCGAACCUGGUUAUCGAAGGGUUAAUGGCACCAUCCAUAAUGGCAUUUGCGAACGUUGCCGUUGUCAUGGACACUCGUCUCACUGUGAUGACAUCACCGCACAGUGCCUGGGCUGUGAGGACCACACCACAGGACCACACUGUGACACAUGUGUCCAGGGUUACUAUGGUGACGCCACCAAGGGCACAGCCAAUGACUGCCAGCCAUGCGCAUGCCCCCUGACAAGCCCAUCCAACAACUUCAGCCCCACGUGCCACCAGGAUGCCCGAGGAGAACUGAUCUGCGACCGAUGCCAGCCGGGCUACACCGGAACACGCUGCGAAAGGUGUGCUAAUGGCUACUUUGGGCGCCCUGACAUCAAAGGGGGUUUCUGUCGUCCAUGUGAGUGUAACGAUAAUUUGGACCUCACAGCUCCCCGUAGCUGUGACCCCAUUACUGGAGCAUGUCUGAGAUGCAGGGAGGGGUACGGAGGAAACACUUGCCAAACCUGUGCCGAUGGUUACUAUGGAGAUGCCAUCGUGGCCAAGGAUUGCCAGCCGUGUCAGUGCCAUCUGAAUGGCUCCAUGUCUGAAGUGUGCCACCAGGAGACCGGGCAGUGCCAGUGUAAAGAACAUGUGGUCGGGCGACAGUGUGAUGAAUGUAUGCCGAACUGUUGGUGGGAUGCUGAGGAGCAGGUGUGUAAGCCGUGUGCGUGUAGUUCGGUGGGCUCUAUGUCCCAGAGGUGCGAUGUGGAGGGCCGUUGUAUCUGUAAGCCGGGCUACGUGGGCAGACGCUGUGACAUCGCGCGGCAGGGUUACGAACGCAGAGAGACCCGCAGGCCUGUGCAGCGGGUGCCCAUCCGACAGCUACAGCGCUGGGACACCACCAGCAGGGGGGGCUGUCCUCGAGGGGCCUACCGCCCAACAGGGACACACAUGCACGGUGGCAGAGGCUGCGUGCCAUGUCACUGCAACUCGUUCGGCUCGAAAUCGUUUGACUGCGACGAGAGCGGCCAGUGCAGGUGCCAGCCGGGAGUGACCGGGCAGAAAUGCGACCGGUGUGCCCCUGGACACUUCAACUUCCAGGAGGGAGGCUGUUCUCCCUGCCAGUGUGCCCAUGUAGGUAAUAACUGUGAUGCUAACACAGGGCGGUGUAUAUGUCCUCCUAACACAGUGGGAGAAGGGUGUGACAGAUGUGCCCCCAAUCACUGGGGUCAUGACAUCAUCACAGGCUGCAAGGCAUGUGGCUGUAGUGUGGUAGGCUCCGUCACCCAGCAGUGUAACCUGAACACUGGCUGCUGUUUCUGUAGAGAUCAGUUCAGAGGAGAGAAAUGCGACGAAUGUAAGCUGGGCUAUCGUGAUUUCCCACAAUGCACCUCCUGUGACUGCUCAGUGGCCGGCUCCACCCAAGAUACCUGUGACGCCGAGAUGGGCGUGUGCGCGUGUGCUGACAGGACUGGACAGUGCUCCUGCAAGGCUAACGUGGAGGGGCUGAAGUGUGAUCGCUGUCGUUUGGGAACUUUUGGGAUGAGUGUGGCCAACCCACUGGGCUGCAGCAAGUGCUACUGCUUUGGCUUGUCCAGCACCUGCACAGAGGCACAGGGUCUGAUUCGUAUGUGGCUGACUCUAAUGCCAGAACAGACAGUGCUGCCCCUAGUGGACAAAGCCAACCAGCUGGAGACAACCGUGGGCGUAACCUUCCAGCACCCGGAGAUCAUCGCUAACGCUGAGCUGGUCACCCAGGAGCUGACGGAGCCAUAUUACUGGAGACUCCCUAAACAGUUUAGAGGGUCUAUGAUAACAGCGUACGGAGGCAAGCUGAAGUACGCUGUUUACUUUGAGGCUCGGGACGAGACGGGUCGCACUUCCUACGAACCACAGAUCAUCAUUAAAGGCGGGCCCAACAGGAACAAGGUCAUGGUCCGACACAUCACGGGCCUCCAGAUUGGCCAGCUGACCCGUCAUGAGAUUGACAUGACAGAGCACGAGUGGAAGCACCAGGACAACAGACCAAUGACACGUGAGGAUUUCAUGGAUAUACUUUUCCACGUGGAGUACAUCCUCAUCAAAGCCUCCCAUGGCAACGUGAUGAGACACAGCCGGAUUUCAGAGAUAUCUCUGGAGGUAGCUGAGGAGGGCAGGCCGUCUGUGGAGAGUGAGAGAGCCUAUCAGAUUGAGAAGUGUGACUGUCCCCUGGGAUACUCUGGUCUGUCCUGUGAGGAGUGUGCGGCCGGCUUUUACCGGCUGUCGGUGCGGAGUGGUGGUGUGGCAUCGAGGGCAGGCAUUGGGACCUGUGUGCAGUGUCAGUGUAACAGCCACAGUGACAUCUGUGACCCUGAGACGGCCAUCUGCCAGAACUGCCAACAUAACACAGUUGGGGACAGAUGUGAGCGAUGUGCUCCUGGUUUCUACGGCGUUGUCCGUGGGUUCACCAACGACUGUAAACCCUGCGCGUGUCCCCUCACCAACCCUGAAAACAAUUUUAGUCCCACCUGUGUGAAUGAAGGCUUUAAUGACUAUCGCUGCACUGCCUGUCCUGAGGGAUAUGAAGGGAAACACUGUGAGAGGUGUGCACCCGGUUUCCAUGGAGACCCACGUGUGGUGGGCGGGCGCUGCGAGGAGUGUAAGUGUGACCCGUACGGGUCGGUGCCGGGACCGUGCGACCCGGUGACCGGCCAGUGUCGGUGUCGAGCGGGUGCAUCAGGACUGAAGUGUGAACAGUGCAUGGAGCGGCAUGUGUGUGGACCGACUGGCAUUGUGUCAUGUGACGAUGACUGCAGUGGUCUUUUAAUCAGUGACAUGGAUCGCUUGCUGCGUCUCAUUGGCAGCGUGAAUCUCACUCUACCUCUGCCUCCUCCGUACAAAGUCCUCUACCGCUUUGAGAACAUGACGGAUGAACUCAAGCACAUGCUCUCUCCACAGAGGGCGCCAGAGAGGCUAAUCCAGCUGGCUGACAGUAACCUGGGUAGUCUGGUCACGGAGAUGGACGAACUGCUCAGCAGAGCGACCAAAGUCUCAGCAGACGGAGAACAAACGGAGGAAGAUGCGGAGCGGAGUCACAAACGGGCUCAGGACCUGGAGCUUUUUGUCAAAAACACAUUACUGGCAGCAGAAGCUCUGAGGGAUAAGGCCCGGGAGCUGAACGCCACUCUGGGUCGGAGAAACGGAGCAGCAGAGAAGAGUCUAAAUGAAAUGCACGGUGAGAUCGAAGCCAUGCUGGCCGAACUGCGUAAACGACAACUCGGCGGCAAGAAACAGAUCGCCGAGGAAGAGCUGGGAGCGGCUGAGGCCCUGUAUGCAAAGGUGAAGCGACUCUUUGGUGACCCCCACCAGGCGACGGAGGACCUGAAGAAGGAGGUGAUGGAGAAGAUGGAUGAUUACCAGGGCAAGCUGAAUGACACUGAGGAGCUGAUCAGACAAGCCCAGGACAAAGUCACUGAGGCCAGGGGUCUGUCUGCAGCCAACCAACGCAAACUGGACAGCCUACAGGGAACGAGAGACAAAGCCCUUAAAGGAAAGAAAGAAGCAGAGGGGAUCUUGGCUGAAGGAGAAAAGAUUCUUGAUGGUGCCAGUGCUCUCUCUAAUGACAUUAACCAAGGCAUCGAGGACCUGGAGGAGAUGGAUAGAGAACUGGGACCCCUUCAAGACCAGUUGGACUAUAAAGUGAGUCGUUUAAGUCGCGGGCUGGAUGACAACACCCUGCCAGAGCUGCUGAUCCGAGCGGAGACCCACGCCGCCGAACUCAAUGAGUCUGCCACCAUCCUAGACAAUAUUCUGGCAGAUGCCAAGAAUCUCUCCUUCAAUGCCACAGCAGCCUUCAAUGCAUACAGAAACAUCAAGGACUUCAUCGAUGAGGCAGACAAGCUGGCCAAAGAGGCCAAAGCAUUGGGGAACGAUGCUGUUCAGCUGACCACUGGACCCAAAGGUUCUCUGAAAGACCAGUCCAAGAACUCUCUUCAGAAGAGUUACCGUUUGUGGAACGAGGCCAAAGACUUGGAGAAAGAUGUGAAAGAAAACGGUGAGAAUUUGGGCGUUCUGCAGCUCAGGUUGAAAGCAGCUGACCAGAAGAACAAAGACAUGCUGAAAGCUCUCAACGACACACUGGACAAACUCAGCUCAAUCCCCGACGACACAGCGGCUAAAAUCCAGGCCACUAAAGAGAAGGCGGGUGAGGCCAACGACACAGCGACGGAUGUCCUGGCCCGUCUGCGGGACCUGAACCUCAACCUCAUGGGUCUAAGGAAGAACUACAGCAAACUGGAGGACGACGUCAAGAAGGCCAACAACAUCAUCCAGGACCCGGAGAAAAACACAAUAAUUCAUGCAGCUGGAGCCAAGGUAAAAGACGUGGAGGACGAAGCCGACAGGCUGCUGGAGAAACUCAAGCCCAUCAAAGAGCUUCAGGACAACCUAAAGAAGAACAUCUCUCACAUUAAGGAGCUCAUCAACCAAGCACGCAAGCAGGCUAACUCAAUUAAGGUGUCUGUGUCAUCUGGAGGCGACUGUAUUCGCACCUACCAACCAGAGAUAAAGAAGGGCCGUUACAACACCAUCAUCCUGAACGUCAAGACCACCACUGCCGACAACCUGCUCUUUUACCUUGGCAGUGCCAAAUAUGUGGAUUUCCUGGCGGUGGAGAUGCGGAAAGGCAAGGUGAACUUCUUAUGGGACGUGGGUUCAGGUGUGGGUCGUGUGGAGUACCCCGACCUGGUCAUUAAUGACGGAAACUGGCAUCGCAUAGAAGCCUCACGCAUUGGUCUGAAUGGAACCAUCUCAGUACAAGCCCUGGAGGGACCUAAAACGGGUAUCCUGCCCACCUCCAGGAGCGCCCAGUCUCCACAGGCCUUCACCAUACUGGACGUGGACCAGAAUGCCUAUCUGUUUGUCGGUGGCAUGCUUGGCAGUGUGAAGAAGGCAGAUGCAGUGAGGACCAUCACAUUCACAGGUUGUAUGGGAGAGACAUACCUGGACAGUAAACCCAUAGGCUUGUGGAACUACCGUGAGAGAGACGGAGACUGUAAAGGCUGUGUUGUCAGCCCUCAGCAGGCGGAUGCUGAGGGUACAGUUCAGUUUGAUGGAGAAGGGUACGCCGCCGUUAGCCGACCCACUCGCUGGAACCCUGAUGUUUCCACGGUGAUGUUCAAGUUCCGCACUUUUUCCACGGAUGCUCUGCUCAUGUACCUUGCCACCAAAGACAUGAAGGACUUUAUGAGUGUGGAGUUGAAUGAUGGGCGAGUUAAGGUGAGCUAUGACUUGGGCUCGGGCACAGGCUCCGUCAUCAGUGAAAAGAGGCACAAUGAUGGCAAAUGGAAGUCCUUCACCAUGUCUAGGAGCAAGAAACAAGCAACCGUGAUCGUCGUGGACAUUGACUCCAACGAGGAGGAGAAGCUAACCACCUCAUCUCAGGGUGUCAGUACAGGACUCAACCUCAAAGAAGACGAGAGAAUUUAUUUCGGCGGUUUACCGACCAUUGGCAACUACAGGAAAGAGGUGACUCUGAAGAGGUACGCAGGCUGCAUGAAGGACAUAGAAGUUUCCAGAACGCCAUACAAUUUGUUGAGCAGCCCUGACUACACUGGCUUGAUCAAAGGCUGUUCCAUUGAGAAUCUCCACACUGUUAGUUUCUCUAAGCCUGGUUAUAUGGAACUGCAGCCGAUUUCCUUUGACGUGGGCACGGAGAUCACUCUGUCCUUCAGCACUAAGAGUGACCAGGGCACCAUCCUGUUUGGACGAGGUGGACCGUCCCUCGCCCAGACCAUGGUCCAGGUGCCGCGGAGGAGACGCAGACAGACUGGAGAGCCUUUCCUGUCAGUCCAGCUGAGUAAAGGUACGUUGGAGGUGGUGGUGUUCACGGGUAAUAAGAACCCACGCAGAGUUCUGAGGAAAGCAGACGAAGGCAUUCUACAUGACGGACGAGAACACUCGCUACGGAUCCAGAGAAUGAACGGAGGGGCAUUCUCAGUGCAGGUGGACGAGGAACCCACAAUGGAACAGGCCAUUCCUAACGAUCAGCCAAUGAGCAUAAAGAGGCUGUUUAUUGGUGGAAUCCCUCCAGAUAUUGAAGAAAGUCUACAGAGGCCAAACCUCCCCUUUGAAGGCUGCAUCUGGAAUCUAGUCAUCAACACCAUCCCCGUGGACUUCUCUCAGCCCGUCUCCUUCGAGAACGCCGAGAUCGGGCAGUGUCCCAACUUGGCCCCGCCCCUACCCCCUCUCCCUGUGCCAGAGGAGGUCCCAGAGGAGGAGGCGGAGACAUCCGCGCCGGAGCGAGCAGCCACACCCAAACCCGGAGCCGUACCCACCGAGGCUUUGAGGCCAGCACCUCCACCUUCCACCGCCACGCCCCCCGCUGCUGAGAUCACCACCCCCCCAGAAGAGCCUGAUGAUGUCAAUCACACGGCGGUGUCGUGUGCAGCGGCGGCAGAGCCCGUCGUUCUGGAGCUGGCCAAACAGUUCGGCCUGUCACGGAACAGCCACAUGGCUUUUGAGUUUGACGAAAGAAAAGUGAAGACCAGGUUGAUUAUAGAAUUUGAGAUCCGUACGGAGGCAGAUUCAGGCCUGGUCUUUUACAUGGCCAGGAUCAAUCACGCAGACUUUGCCACCAUCCAGAUUAAAGAGGGUAUGGCACACCUGAGCUUUGACCUGGGCAGCGGAAACACGUCCGUCAGCGUGCCACGCAUUAUCAACGACGGCCAGUGGCACAAGAUCCGUGUGAUGAGGGAGAGACAGAGAGGAAUCUUGUAUGUGGAUAACCGAUAUUCCAAACACACGAACAGCCCUAAGAUGGCAGAUAUCUUGGAUGUGGUGGGAAUGCUGUAUGUCGGAGGUCUGCCUGUCAAUUAUACCACCAAGAGGAUUGGCCCAGUGCUCUACAGUAUCAAUGCUUGCAUUAGGAACUUAAAAAUGCUGGAUACUGUUUUGGACAUGGAAAACCCCACGUCCAGCUAUCUUGUGGGUACUUGCUUUGCCAACCCUGAGAAAGGCACUUACUUUGAUGGUACCGGCUAUGCCAAAGCAGUGGCCACAUAUAGAGUAGGUAACGAUGUAUCCGUGGACCUGGAGUUCCGUACGUCUCAGAGCUCUGGGGUCCUGCUGGGAGUCAGUGGACAGAAGAUGGAUGGACUGGGCAUUGAACUGGUCAACGGGAAGCUGCUGUUCCAUGCAGAUAACGGAGUUGGCCUGGUAACAGCUGUCCAUCAGCCGGAGGAAGAGGCGGGACUCUGUGACGGACAAUGGCAUUCCGUCACUGCCCACAAACUGAAGCACAGGCUGGAGCUGAUCGUUGACGGCAAGAAGUCGGAGGCGGCCAGCCCCAAUGUCAGGUCAACGUCGGCCGACACCAACGACCCCGUCUACGUCGGAGGAUAUCCCGAGGGAGUGAAGCAGUUUGCUCUGACCAUAAACAAAUCAUUCAAAGGCUGUGUGAGGAAUCUAAAGAUUACCAAAGCCUCUAAGGUUCUGCAGGUCCAGCUGAACAAAGCCCUGGAGCUGAAGGGUGUUCAGCCUCUCACGUGUCCAGCAGCUUAA